AUGGCGAGUUCAAAGCCUGAGUGGCUGAAAGAGGCGUCGCAGGCGGAGACCGAGCGAAGGUUACAGUUCUACAAACGCCAAGACAAGCCGUGCUUCUUCAAUGGCCAAGGAAACCCGGACCAGGCGAAGUACAGGGAGGGCUCGAACAGGAGGAUGUACACGCGCGAGGAGCGGGAGGACGACGCGAAGAAAGCGUUCGCGGAGGGCGAUCUGGAGAAAGCGCUCACGUCCUUCGUCCGAGCCGCGGAGCUCUGCAUCUUACGACGCGCGAGCGAGCCCGAUGAAGAAGACAAAGACGGGAAUGACGACGACGACGCGCGCGAGCCCGCGAAAGAGCGAGAGGCGCGCCCGCUCGUGAUGUUCGCGAGCGGCUUGCACACGUUGUUCGGGAACAUAGCCGCGGUGCUCACGAAACUCGGGAGGAUCAUGUCCACGUUAUCCUCCUCCACCUCCACGUCUUCGUUGUCAUCGAACGCGUGA